GGAGGACAGCGGGGAGGAGCACGGAGGCGAGCCGCCGCCGCCGCCGCCGUCAGGAGCAGCGAACGUUAGCUUAGUUUGUGGGGAGAAGGACGUUACUCUGACAGCUGGAAGUGCGCAGAGAUGGAGCUGUCGGCAAUUGGCGAGCAAGUGUUCGCCGUGGAAUCAAUUCUCAAGAAAAGAGUUAGAAAGGGGAAUGUGGAGUAUCUGCUGAAGUGGAAGGGAUGGCCUCCAAAGUACAGCACCUGGGAACCCGAGGAGCACAUCCUGGACCGGCGCUUGGUGCAGGCCUUCGAGGAAAAAGAGGAGAAGGAGCGAGCCGUAGGCCACAAGAAGAAAGGAUCCAAAGCCAAAAAAGUCCUUCUGCAGAAUGCGAUGUACACCAUGGAUCUCCGCAGCGCUCACAAGAUGGACGCCAAACCUGCCCCCCGCCUCCGCCUGUCCCUGACGCGCUCCCUGGACGCCGACGGCGAGGAGGAGCACCGGAAAAGCCAACAGAGGAGGUCGGAGGGCCCCCCGAAUCUGACAGGAGAAGAUUGGGAGGUGCUGGGAGCGGAGGAGGAGAACAGCGUGGACGAUGACGAGGAUGAGGAAGAGCAAGAGGAGGCUGAGACUGAGGUGGCGAAGAAGAGCGGUGGACGGGAGGGGGCGGACGGGCGGAGUUCCACCGCCGCCGCCCCGGGGGACGCCGCCUGGAGACCCGUCCUCGGCCCGGGGGAGGUGACCGUCACCGACGUCACCCUCAACUCGCUCACUGUGACUUUCAGGGAGUCCAGGGUGGCCAAAGGCUUCUUCAGAGACCUGGGCCUGAAGGUGUGAGCCGGUCGCCAGGGGAGACGCCGCCCGAUGGAAGCUGGAGGAACUGACUAGUGCAUUUGGCGAGAGGCGGUGGAGAAAAGGGUUCUCUUCUCUUUGCCUCUCGCUCUCGCUGUCCGCCCGGCUCACCGAGUGGUAACGUUUACAUGCACAGAGUCGCCGGACUCUGUGGGCAGGCCUCGGCUGUGGGUCAAUUCAAGUUAGCAGGACUGGGACCCACCCCAAAACCAAAAAAAAAAAAAAAAAGAUAGCCCCAGGAAAAAGCAAGGUGGCAUAUGCAUAAACCAGUAUUUGUCACUGGUUAAAGCAUUGAAAAACCGAAAAAAUGUCCCACAGGUGCGGCCACCAUGACUCACAUCUUGUGUCCAGUGGCUCCCCGGGUCAGAGGUCAUCUGUAAACAUCUUUAAAAUGAUGUGCGUGUUUGCACAUGGGGCUAGGGUCAGGGUAAGUGCCUGUUUUUAGUCCUGGUUGCUCUGACAGUAGCAGUGGACUAGACUAAAACACUGGAGGAGGGGGGGGGAUGACCCUGUCAUCGGACCUAAAAAGCGAACAGUAGCCCACUUUUCUAGAAAUGUGGAAAGAACAACAGGUUCAAAAUGACGGCGUCGCACCAAACUGGAGCCGAAAAUCAUCUGCCAUGUGGACACUUAGUGUCAGGAACAGUAUUUUAAUCCCGACCUCAACUACCAAUCACAGUACAGAGCACCCCAACGGCGAGUGUGAGGCCGGGACGAGGAGGAUUCCUCUGUGCAUGUAAACAGACGUCUCUUCCACACUAAGACAUAGUGUACAUACUCCAGACUCCAGUGAGGUGGACACACAGCGAUGGACCCGUCAGAAUACAGACUGUUAUCACCGAACAACACGUGGCCCGGUCUUGUGCGCGUUUCAGAGUCCUCCGGGAGACGGCCUGAUCCGCCUGCAUGCCUUUCUCCCCCCCAGUGCAGUUCUAUGAAUGCUAGGCAUCCAGCUCUUUGUCCUAAAACAUGACGCUCAUCAUGCGAGAGGCGACCCUUAACCAGAAAUCUGGAACGUGGCAUGAGAACGAGUGUCCACCAGUGGCCUGUUUAGUCAGAGAUGACUGUAGAAAAUCAAAGAAAUAGAGUUUUCUGUCGAGGGGCUUAAAAAAAAAAGUAGAGGAGGAACAUUAACUUUUUUUCCCCCACAGAAUUUUCCAAACAAAUCAAAUAUCUAAUGAGGAGGCUGAGACUUAACACCGCCGGCUUCCCGCCCUGUGGUGUGUCACGUCUGUGGAAUCUCCCACAGCGGCGUCCGUUGGGCCCUCGUGUUGUUUUUGUUCCGCACUGAGGACGACGGCUCAGCAUCUUGUGAUCCAGAGAAGAAGUCUCUGUGCGGCAACGGAGCCGCGCGGAUUGGAAGUGCCUGAUGUCGCCCAAUUUUUGUCGUUUGUUUGACGCACUAGAAGACCAAUGCCUCUCCUCAUCCGUCAGAUACACACCAGGAGCUUCUUUUUUUUUUUACUUUCUCUGUCUGUAAGCACCAUCCUCCAUUGAUUUUAUGAAGACAAUACAAGGAGAUAAUAGAUGGGAACAUGGUUAGGGUUGGGGGGGGGUAAAAGCCUGUUUUUUAGUCCUUAUUUUUCUACAUUGACCUGAAUGUAUAUUUAUUCUUUAGAUACCUGUGUAUUUGUCAUGCAGGUGCCUGAACAGGAUCGUUUUUCUACGGUUGGUUGUUACCACGGAGCUGAUGCCAUAUUCAGUAUAAAUGCACUGACAUGAAAAGGAAGAAAAAAAAAAACGAGCGUUGCCUAAUGUUGUCGCUUGCGCCGCAUUCAUCCACCUCCGAGCGCAGAAUCUUGCACUUUAUCGUGAUGUAACCCUGCACAUUACCUGCUCCAGUCUACGAAGACUUGUGUAGAGACUGUUUCUAUGGUAACACUGAAAUAAAUGUUGAUCAUGUUUAAUA